AUGAGUGCAGAGGCUGGGAAGAAGCAUGGUCAUGCUCCCAUCUCUGGAGACAAGAAGUCUAAAAGGAAGCCUAAGAGAAAGGAAACCUAUUCAGUUUACAUCUAUAAAGUACUGAAGCAGGUGCACCCUGAUACUGGCAUCUCCUCCAAAGCCAUGAGCAUCAUGAACUCCUUUGUCAAUGACAUCUUUGAGCGUCUGGCUUCAGAGGCCUCCCGCCUGGCUCUCUACAACCACCGUUCCACCAUCACCAGCCGUGAGGUGCAGACGGCUGUGCGACUCCUGCUGCCGGGCGAGCUGGCCAAGCAUGCUGUCUCCGAGGGCACCAAGGCUGUCACCAAGUACACCAGCAGCAAGUGAUGGCCCCGGGCGCAAUAAAGCUGCACUGCGCCGC